GGGCGCCACCCGGUCAGCCUGGUCAGCCUCAAAGCAUGCUGGGAACAUGUCCAUGUGAGGAAGGAGCACGGGGAGAAGCAAAACAUUCUCAGUCCGGACAGGUUUUUAAGCAGCUGAGAGACGCGGAGCGGCACAAGUCUGCUGGCAUCAUGGAGGAUGAAUGCGCCGUGAUGUCCUGGUUUUCCGCCCCCGUCUUCACCCGCUACUGGCAGCACUACCACCAGGCCAUGGCCUGGUACCAGAGGCACCGGCGGGCCUACAGCAAGGCCUGGGAGGCCGCCUACGGCCCGCCGCGGCCCCGGCCCCGGGAGCGGCGCUACGCCGACUGGCAGGAGGACGGGGACGAGGACAGCAGCUCCGACGGGGAGAUCGAGUGCGACGUGAGCAACAUGGAGAUCAGCGAGGAGCUGCGGCAGUACUUCGCCCAGACUGAGAGACACAGAGAGGAGCUAAAGAAGCAGCAGCAGCUGGAGGCCGAGCAGCAGGACCGCUACGUCCCCGCCGACCACGACCUGCACGGCGCCUCCUGGCGGAGCAGCGUGGCCCCGCCCGCCGAGCGGCCCGGCGAGCGCCGCGCCGCCGAGAUGAGGAAGCUGUACGGCGAGGACGCGUCCAAGAUCCUGGCCAUGGAGGCGGCCAUGCAGCUCACCUUCGAGAGGAACUGCGACCUGAAGCGGCCCAAGUACUGGCCCGUGAUCCCCCUGAAGCUCUGAGGAGGACGAGGAGGGGGACGGGGCGCUUCGCCGCGUCCCAGCUGCUGACGGAGGACGACGGACAGUUCAGGUCAAAGGAGCGUCUCCAAAAAAGCAGCAUUA